UCUGUUUUCUCCCCUGUUUCCUUCCCCGAUUCCCUCCUCUCCCUCUGGAGCAGCAUCAGCGGCAGCGGAAACCCGCUCUUCUCCUCUUACCUUUCUCACAGAAGGCUGCUGCGAGAUGAGGAGGAGUUACCCUCCGGCCGAGUCGGACGACGAUGAGUAUGCCAAGUUCAUCAAGAGGAUGAACCCCCCAAGGGUGGUUGUAGAUAACGAAUCUUGUGAAAAUGUAACUGUUAUUAGGGUCGACAGCAUCAAUCAGCAUGGUAUUCUUCUGGAGGUUGUUCAAGUUCUUAUUGAUCUCAAACUUACGGUCAAGAAAGCUUAUAUCUCCUCGGAUGGAAGAUGGUUCAUGGCGGUAUUUAAUGUGACGGAUAAGGAUGGGGAUAAAGUAAGAGACAGAAGGCUCAUCUCUUACAUUCAGAAAUCGCUGGAAACAGAUGCUUGCUUCUUCCUCAAACUGAGGAACUCCACCGGUAUAAGGGAGCGCACCAUCAUCGAGAUGACCGGGACCGACCGGCCUGGAUUGCUGUCGGAGAUCUGCGCCGUGCUAACCAACAGAAACUGCAACGUGGUGGAGGCCGAGCUGUGGACCCACAACUCCAGGGUUGCGGCGGUGGUGGGCGUCACAGACGAUGCCACCGGGAGGGCGGUGGAGGACUCCGACAGACUCUUCGCUAUUGAGGACCUCCUAUGGAAUGUCCUCAAGGGAGACGACGACUCGGGCGCCGCGACGACGUCGACGCUCUCGGCGGGGCAGACCCACACCGAGCGGCGGCUGCACCAGAUGAUGUUUCACGACCGGGAUUACGAGAGAGGCACUGGCGGCGGGGACGACGAGUCGAGGAGGCCUCAAGUCGCGGUGAUGGACUGCUCGGAGAAGGACUACUCCGUCAUCAUCGUGCGGUCCAAGGACCGGCCGAAGCUGCUCUUCGACACGGUGUGCACGCUGACGGACAUGCAAUACGUGGUGUUUCAUGGCGCAGUCGACGCCGGAGACGAAGAAGCCUACCAAGAAUACUACAUCAGGCACGUGGACGGGCACCCGAUAAGCUCGGAAGCCGAGCGGCAGCGCCUGAUCCAGUGCCUCGAGGCGGCCAUCGAGAGGCGAUUCACGCAAGGGCUGGAGGUGGCGCUGCGCACGCCGGACCGUGUCGGGCUGCUCUCAGAGAUCACGAGGGUGUUUCGGGAGAACGGGCUGACGAUUCGACGGGCGGAGAUCUCGACGGAGGGAGGCAAGGCCGUCGACACGUUCUACCUCGUGGACGCGUCGUCGGGGAACGCAGUGGAAGCAAAGACGGUCGAGGCGAUACGCAGAGAGCUGGGGGCGAUGGUGGUGAGGGUGAAGCCGAGUCGCGUUGUUGCUUCGCCGGAGGUGGGUGCUGCCGGCCCGGGCUUUCUAUUCGGUACCCUCUUCAAGGCUUCAUUGCAGAGCUUUGGACUGAUUAGAUCAUACUCCUGAUCCUCCUCCAUCACUGGAUCAAAUGAAGCUUCUUUUAGCCCGCCAUGCGGUUGAAAGUUCGAAUUUCAAAUUUGAUGAAUAUAUUCGACUUUCGAAUGUGCAUAAGUUUACGAAUGAAACGCCUGAUUUUUUUUUUUUUAAAUUGAAUGUUCUUCUUAGUUUAUGACUGUAAAUAGAACAGAAGACGUACCAUACUGUACAUACCUACUGAGAAAUGCAACAACAUUGUUUCUCUUAAGGUACAUAUUGUUGAAUAGCUUGUGGAAUUGGGUUUCCAACUUGUAGAUUUUCAUGCUUUGAA